AUGUCGGCUGCGCAACUACUGAACCCCAAGGCCGAGUCGAGGAGGCGCGGGGAAGCUCUCCAGGUGAACAUAUCGGCCGGCGAGGGCCUGCAGAAGGUCCUUGCGUCCAACCUUGGGCCCCGCGGUACUCUGAAGAUGCUCGUCGAUGGUGCUGGAGGGAUCAAACUCACAAAAGAUGGAAGCGUCCUGUUGAAGGAGAUGCAAAUCCAAAACCCCACCGCCGUUAUGAUCGCGCGCGCGGCUACAGCACAAGACGACAUCACAGGAGAUGGAACAACAUCAGCAGUAUUGCUGAUUGGAGAGCUCCUGAAGCAGGCAGACCGCUACAUUGGCGAGGGUCUCCACCCCCGUGUGAUCACAGACGGAUACGAUAUUGCGAAGACAGAGUCGCUGAGGUUCCUCGAUGAGUUCAAGCUCGAGAAGGAAGUCGAUCGCGAACUUCUGCUCUCCGUCGCCCGCACAUCGUUAUCGACGAAGCUUGACAGCUCGCUCGCUGAACAACUGACCCCCGAUAUCGUUGACGCCGUUCUCGCCAUCUACCAGGCACCCGCGAAGCCCGACCUGCACAUGGUGGAGAUCAUGACUAUGCAACACCGCACGGCCGCGGACACACAGUUGAUCAGGGGUCUUGCCCUUGACCACGGCGCAAGGCAUCCGGACAUGGCUAAGAGGGUCGAGAACGCAUACAUCCUGACCCUGAACGUCAGUCUGGAAUACGAGAAGUCUGAAAUCAACUCUGGUUUCUACUACUCGAGCGCAGAGCAGAGGGAGAAGCUUGUGGAAAGUGAGCGAAGGUUUGUCGAUGACAAGCUGAGGAAGAUUGUAGAGCUGAAGAAGGAGGUCUGCGGUGAUGAUCCCAAGAAGGGAUUCGUCAUCAUCAAUCAGAAGGGUAUCGACCCUCUCAGCUUGGACGUUCUGGUCAAGAACGGCAUCUUCGCACUCAGGAGAGCGAAGAGGAGGAACAUGGAGCGCCUUCAGCUUGUCUGCGGUGGCACAUCACAGAACAGCGUUGACGACAUGACACCAGAUGUGCUUGGUUGGGCUGGCACCGUCUACGAGCACCAGCUGGGUGAGGAGAAGUACACCUUUAUUGAGGACGUCAAGGAGCCAAAGUCAGUCACACUUCUGAUUAAGGGACCCAACACGCACACCAUCAGCCAGAUCAAGGACGCCGUUCGCGACGGUCUGAGGAGUGUCUACAACAUGAUCGUCGACAAGAGCGUCGUACCUGGUGGUGGCGCAUUCCAGGUCGCUUGUGCCGCUCGCCUCAACAGCGAGGAGUUCAGGAAGACAGUCAAGGGCAAGGCGAAGUGGGGUGUCUCGGCUUUCGCAGAUGCACUUCUCGUCAUUCCCAAGACACUGGCUGCCAACUCCGGUCACGACAUCCAAGAUUCCCUCGCUGCCCUGCAAGACGAGCACGCAGAAGGCAACAUCGUUGGUCUCAAUUUGACCACAGGUGAGGCCAUGGACCCCACACAAGAAGGUGUCUACGAUUCGUUCCGUGUGAUGCGCAACUGCAUAGCUUCGGCUACCGGUAUCGCAUCCAACUUGUUGUUGUGUGACGAAAUGCUCAAGGCACGACAGAUGGGACGCGCCCCUGGCCCAGGUGACGACCAAUGA